AUGCGUCUCUCUGCAGCAUUGUACUCCCCAACGCACCCUUGGCUCGCAUGCUUGAAAUCGGCACAAUUGCAGCGCAUCGCGCGUGCAACAGGUAUCCAAUCGUCUGGUUCGAAGGGUAUUCUUAUUGAGCGCAUUGCAGCGGAGUUGAAGUUGCAGCUGGCUGCCACAGAUGAUGAUGGUGUCGCAGAGGGUGCCAUCACCAGUAGUUCCAAUCGCAUUACCAAAUCUAGUUUUAGUGCAAGCGCCGACAUAAGCCAGGAUCGACAGUUCGAUCGACGGAUAUCAACAGAAUCUGGCUCGAGCAAAAGCAAAGCGAAGACAAUCACCAAGUCAGCAGACUUGUCAAAAUCAAAUCCUGCACAGCCAUGGAGCAUCCUCAGCAUCGAUAUGGGGGUUCAGAACCUUGCAUUCGCGCAUCUACGAUUGCCCCGCGCUGGGGGUCCAGGUAUCGGGAUAGAUACUGCGAACCCAAGACCGCCAGAGCUAACAGCCUGGCACAAACUCGCUGUCUCGGAGAUUUCAAGUUUGAACUUGAGACCCAGGGAUGGGGAUCUUACCAGUGCAAUCAAGUUCGCUGAACCAAUUCCAGGGCCCGGUGACGCCACUGCAUCAUCUCAAGCGAUUCUCCCAGUAGAACCGGAAAAGGACUUGCCCGUCAAAGUGAAGAUCGCCAAAUCUGCCCCGAAAGAACAAGAUGGCUUCUCUCCAGACCUCUACGCUGCAAAUGCGUACACCCUUAUCACCUCACUCAUAGCUGCAUAUCGCCCCACGCAUGUGCUCAUAGAGCGUCAGCGCUUCCGCUCAGGCGGCGGGAGUGCUGUGCUUGAAUGGACGCUGCGCGUUGGCCUGCUGGAGAGUAUGUUGUAUGCCGUUCUCCAUACGCUGCGACAGGAGAGGGGUGGGGAUGUUGCAGAUUUAGUUGUUCGAGGCAUUGACCCGAAGCGGGUAGUCAGGUACUGGCUUGAGGGUGGAUCUGGGUCGUGUGUUCGAAGGAAAGGAGACGUGGAUGAGAAAACACAAGCCGAGGAAAGGGUCAAGGAGAAGAAACCCACUGCACGAGAAGUGAAGAAGGCUAAGAUCGAUCUUAUUGGACGGUGGCUUUCUGCUGCGAUGCAGAAGCAGAUUGCCAAUGCUUCUCUAGAGACGGACGGGGAUCUGAAGAAACUGGAGCUGGGCUUUGCUGCCGACGAUAAGAUUGUGCUCGCGGAUAAAUCCGAGCAUCCUACUCUGCAUGGCGUUGCGGGUGCUUAUAUGCGGAAAUGGCAGGGCCAGAGGCAGACGUCGAAGAAGGGGAAAGGGAAUGGGUCUCGUGCUUUGAAGAGUGAAUCUCUUUCCCUAUUGCCCACACUCCCUGAGUCCAACAUGGGGGAUGAGGUGGCUGCUGUUGAUCCGGCGAAACUCGAUGAUUUGGCGGAUUGUUUAUUGCAGGGUGUGACAUGGGUGGAAUGGCAGAUUAUGCGGGAGCGGAUUGCGAAGGAAGGGAUUGAGGCAUUGGAAUCUACAGCGUAG